GUUUCUUCGACUUGAGUUCUUCGAGAUUUCAACAAUAUCCUCUUACACUACGAACUGAGAGCCAUGGAACGAUUUGGCUUAUCCAAGACUUAAGAUUGAUUUGAUUGAAUUAAGGCUUGUCAUACAAUAACUUUAUUACAUUUCAUUUUUAUCGACUUCCAAGCGAUUCUUAGAUAUAUUAUAUUUUCUCAAUGACGGGAGCUUUUAGACCACGGGUCCCUUGGAUCGACUAUCUUGGUCUGCUCACUGCAUAUAUCGGCGUUUACGCCGAAUUGAUUUUUCGUGUAUUUAUUUACUUGAUCCCAGAUCGAAUUCGAGAAUGGGGACGAAGAAGAGUCAUUCGUAUUUACCAUUAUUACAUUACCAAGAAAACUACCGAUGGUAUGACCGAUGCCAUCCAAAAGUGCAGAAAUAUAUACGAGAUUUGUGAAGCUUUUGGAUACAAAGCAGAGGAACACUUGUUGCGAACUGAGGAUAAUUUCAUUCUUUGUCUACAUCGAAUUACACACCCUUCCAAAAAAGAAACCAAAAAGCGAGGCGUCGUAUACUGUCACCACGGACUCAUGACAAACUCUGAUCUUUGGGUGGCUGUCAACGAACCAGAGCGCAAUCUUCCUUUUGUUUUAGUUGACAACGGCUAUGAUGUUUGGCUUGGUAAUAACAGAGGAAAUAAGUAUAGUAGGAAACAUGUGGUAUACAAGCCUAAAGAUGAAGAGUUUUGGAAUUUUUCCUUAGAUGAUAUGGCUAUGUUCGAUAUCCCUAAUACUGUCGAUUAUAUACUUCAUGAAACCGGAGAAAAGAAGCUUAGCUAUAUUGGAUUUUCUCAAGGAACCGCUCAGGCAUUCGCUUCAUUGAGUUUAAACAACUCUUUGAAUAACAAAGUGAAUAUCUUCAUUGCCUUAGCCCCUGCCUUCACUCCUAAGGGAUUCUCAAACCAUCUGGUUGAUUAUUUAGUAAAAGCUAAUCCAAAGAUUAUGUAUAAUCUCUUUGGUAGACGAUCACUGCUUCCCUCUGUAACAUUUUGGCAAAAUAUCUGUUAUCCUCCUAUAUUCGUUAAAAUCGUUGACUUCUCUCUCAAAUUGCUUUUCGAUUGGGAUUUAAAAAACAUUUCAGCAAGUCAAAAACUAUGUGGUUACGCUCAUUUGUAUUCGUUUUCCAGUGUUAAAAGUUGUGUUCACUGGCUUCAAAUUAUCAAAAAUUGCACGUUUCAACUAUACGACGAUGAUCUAGCAGUUAUAACUGGCUAUACAGCUCGCCACUACCAAGUUCCUUUGUUUCCUACAAGUAAUAUUAAGUGUCCAAUUUUACUUAUCUGGGGUGGAAAAGACACGCUCAUUAAUAUGGAAUACAUGCGCACUGCUUUACCGCCUCAGGCGAAGGAAAUAGAGAUUAAACACUACGAACACUUGGACUUCCUUUGGGCUAAUGAUGUGAAGGAACAAGUGAUUCCGAAAGUCCUUGAAGCACUCCCUAACUAGUCAGCAUGUUUGAUACUUGUGUUAGUGCAAAAUAUAUUUAUUUGUUUUCAAUAUUAUCCUUCACCUAUAGAACCUGCU